AUGCUGGGCCUUCUGGCAACAAAAAUUAUUAACUCCGUGUUCAGCCAGUCUUCACAAUAUCUGUGUACCAGACUGGCUAUACGUGUUCGAAGUGCAGCUAUUGGGGCUAUAUUUCAAAAGGUUAAUGGAUUACUUUAAAACAAUUUAAAAAAAAAAAAUUUGACAGUCUUUUUUAGAUUUAUAAAAGGCAUUAACAGUGCUUUCAAAUUGUAAACUUCAGUUGGCUUUAUAUUACUUAAACAAAUUCAUGUCAUUCAAAAUAUGAAGAUGAUAUUCUGGUUAAAUGAUGUGAUUAAAUAGUGAUAUGGAGUGCCUAUAUAAUAAUAAUAAUAAUAAUAAAGUUCAUUUCAAAAACACGCUUCAUCCCCAAAGGCUCGAAGCGCGGUACAAAGUCAAAAAAAAACCAAAUCUAUAGUUUACCACAUUUAAAACAAACGCAACACGACAAAAACUAAGUACAAGCAUACAAUGGCAAAGUCUUUCUAGCCAUUUCAACCAUAAGCUUGUGUCGGUAAUACGUAAUUGACCUUUAUAAUGUUGACAAUCAUCCCAGAAGGUGUUUGCGAAAUAGAUGUGUCUUUAAAUCGGUUUUAAAGGACUCCAGUGUCUGGUUGUUUCUGAGAUCGACAGAAUAAUUUUUCUUGAACUCUUUACAUCUGCGAGUAUGGGAAAUUCCCAAUAACUGUUAAUUUCGAUGAAUAUUUUCAGUCACUGAACAUUUCAAGUGAAGCUAGGAGACAAUCAAACUUGGGGGAAAUAGUGAAUUUAAUGUCAGUUGACACCAAUCACCUGGAGUUGUUUCUCUGUUCUGUCUAUUGGCUGUGGAUGAGCAUCCCACUUCUGAUAUUGGCUAUUUUCUUCCUCUAUGAAAUCAUCGGACUGUCCAUGUUUGCUGGUAACAGAGGUUGUUUUAUGUCUUCUUGAAUAAAUUUCUUUUCAACCAAAGGAUUUAAUGUCAAAUGAAUAUUUUACAAUUAUUUUCACUUUCCUAAGAGGAAAGUAAAAUGAAAUUGUAUCCCAAUAAUCUUUUAUUUAAUCUUAAUUAAAUGCAGCAUUAGUAUGAGAAAAUCUGUCCAAUUCCUUACAAAAUGAUUUUUCUUGCCAUGUUUAAGAGAGUAAUAAAAAUCCAUCUUACCAGUAAGACAAAUCAGUUAACUAAAUCAACAACUUAAUUCUAUUUCAGCUUUGGGAGUUAUUUGUUUUCUUCUUGUCAUGAACCUCAUAACUUCCCAGGUAACAAGAACUUUCCAGGAAAAAAUAAUGAAAGUAAAGGACCAAAGGCUAGUUAUGUUGAGUGAAGUACUU